AUGCAACAGAGCACCGGCAGAACCAAAGUUGCCCGCGGCGCAGGCACGCCGUCUCGAGGCACGCGGUCGGCAAGAUCGACUGUCGCUGCUGCCACAUCGGCAGCUGGCACAGCACAAACAGAAAGAACGUCUGAACCAGCGGCGCAAACGGCAGGAGCAACAGGAACAGGAGGACGAGGAAAGGAAGGCACAACCAUGGCCGCGUCAGCAAAUACAGUAUUGUCUAAAGGGGCUCCUCUUCCGCCCUCAUCACAACAACAACAACAACAACCGCCCGCACAAGACAACUCUCCCGCCGCCUCGUCAACCUCCGCCACGACCACGGCAGCCGGCCCGACGACAUCGGUCCCUGCUCCCAAGCGGCAACGCGUCUCUCGUGCUUGCGACCAGUGCCGGGCGAUGCGCGAAAAGUGCGAUGGUGCGCAGCCGCAGUGCUCCUCGUGUGUCACCCAGCGCCGCGCUUGCACCUACAAGACAAGCCCCAAAAAGCGCGGUGUCCAGACGGGUUACAUCCGCACGCUCGAAUUGACUCUGUCGUCCCUGCUGGACGAGGUGCCGGGCUGCGCCGACGCGUUGGACGGCCUGUUUGGCCGGCACGGCGGCGACGCUGCACAGCGUCUGUUCAACCCCGAGGCCGGCGCGGCGGGUAGCCAGCAGCAGCAGCAAAAGGACCUGGAGAGGCACAACCGCCUCCACCGGCGGUGGCACAAGAGCCGCGCACGGCGCGAGAUCAACCGGCUGCUGUCGACAGACGGCUUCAGCACCGCCGUGGCACGGCCCGUGUCCGACGACAGGGCCGGCUCCGACGACGACACCUCCCCAGAGGGCCCAGGGAGAGCACCCGAUACACUGUCCGGGGAGCCUGCUGCAUCCGCCAUAACAUGGUCCCCGUCUGAAAACACCAUCCCCUCACCGCGGUCCGGCACAGGUGGCCACACCGACGAUGCACGCUGCAACUCCCGUGUACCACUCCCACCGAACCACUGGCAACUUCUGGAUGUGUACUUUUCCUAUACCCACUGCUGGUUCCCCAUCCUCGAGCGCCAGGACCUGCUCAAGGCCGUCUACCAGUACGAGCGCGAGCUGGGUGAGCCAGCGUCGGCGCCGACUGCGUCAGGCACUCCAUCGUCUCCGUCGGCCGCCACUGCCGAGCUCUGGAGCGUCUUAGCCCUUGCCUCUUUUCAGAAUGCGGCGUCGCGAAGUCAACAACAGGCCGACCCAAACACAACAACAUCAACAGCAACGUCAACAGCCACACCCUCCACAACACACUGCGACCCGUCGCUCGCAUGGCCGCCACAUCGUAUCUACAACGUCGCCCGCCAAAUGAUCCCGCUCGACGACGGACCCUUUGAGAUCCCCCAUGCGCGCGCUCUCUUGCUGCUGGCCCUGAUCAACAUCGGCCGACGCCGGCAUACAGCUGCACGCGUGCUUGUGGCCUUGUCGCGACAGAUUUUGCAGGACGCCGACUGCCUAUCCCGAGUCAGCGAGAAUAGCCCCAUGGCCAUCCGCCGACGCAUUGUCGAUGCAGUCACGAGUGGUUGCUGCAUCAUUGAGGCCUUUUUGGCCAUCGUGCGGUCAUCUCUGAGGCCGUUGCGAUCUCUACCACAAAACCACAACCAUCAGCACCAACACCAACAACAGGCGUAUCGAUCACAUCAAAACCCGGGCUCCUUCUCUCCUCACUCCCCACACAAUUGCCCAGCUCUGCCAGAAGACGGUCUCGAUGAGUGGCAGCCAUGGGUACCUUGUGCUGGAUUUGGCCUUGAAGACGGCGGGGCCACAUCAGAGCGCAGUCCGGCGUACGCCUUGACGACAUUCAACCAGCUGCAUGAUCUUUUUACUUGUAUGCAGCACCAGCAAACGAACCUCUCCCAGGCACCCUCGCCCUCUGACUACAACGAUGUGGUUGCGGCGACGGCGGCAGGGACGAACGACAACCCCUACGGCGAUGCCCUGGACCGUGUAAUACGACCCGAUGUGCCCUUCUCGGCCUUUGUGCGGUCGACCGACCGAGCAUCUGCCGCCGUCCCAUCGGCCCAUAUCCUCCGCAUCACCUUUAUUUGGAUGCACAUAUUAUUGCCACCAUUCUCCGAGCCCGGCAACGUCAAUGGCAGCAUCAAUCCUAACCGUGCCCAUCUCUUGGCCGAUGUUCUCGAGCAGUUUGUUGCCCGUUUCGGAUCUGCUGGCGCACCGCCCACACUGGUGCCGUGUGUCCUGACCGUUGUCGAGCAUCCAUUGUUUCAGCAGUUGCCGCCUCUCCUGCAGCAGCGAUUUUGCGCCUUGAGAGAUGCUCUUGUGGCGGUUUGGCAGGAUACUGCGACAUCGCAACAGCAGUCGCAAAAACAGCUGCCUGCAGUGGCAAAUGCUACCACUCCACGGCCCAACGCAAUGCUGCGGCAGAAGCUGGCACCUUCGGGACAAGGAAUCCCCGGAGCAACUAUGACCACGGCAAACAAUGCACCUGUUGUUUAUCAAUCUGCGAGCCCUGAAGCUGCAGCUGUGCGUCCGCAGCAUCAGCAGCAACAGCAACCACCAACGGCACGCCAUCAUAGACUGUCCAUUUUGGAGACAUCCCUGCAAGCAGUGCAGCCUACUCAACAACAGCAGCCGCAGCCACAAGAUGCAAACAUGUACAAUGGAAACGGACCGUCGCCUGCCUUUGGCUUCCCUCCCCUGCCGAUCGCGUCACCGACUGCCGCCACUGCCGCCACUGCUGCUGUUGCUGCCAAUGCCGCCAAUACCGCCGCGACGUAUCCCAUGACGGGUUCGUCCUACGGCGCGGUUGGCGGACCAGACAAUAUGGCUGUCGAUAACUUUGACGGCGCUUUUCACGGGGCGCCCGGUGCCAGUGGUGGCACGCUCGACUAUGAAGCGCUAUUGGACGACCUAUCGGCGGUUGACUAUCUGGACCGACUGGACGCCGACAUUGGCUCGCAGUUUAUGGCCAACCUGGGCUUUGCGCCGGGCAUAGACAACAAUUUGGGCGCCAUGAUGGGCGAGUUUGGUGGCUUGUAG